GGAGGAGACGUGUGUGUAUCACGCUUUCGCUCAUGCUUCUGUGUUUCGCCUACCAAUUCCACCUCAUCGUGCACAUUGUUCUACACUACGACCAUCCAGCAUCCCUCCAGCACACCUUCAUCUUCCGAGGAUCCAGAGAGCUGGGCAGCAUAAACAACCGUAGCUUUGCGCGAGUCGUUGUUGACUUCAUGGGACGCGCUUUUAACGCGAAACGUGUGAAAGUCCUACAAGUCGUCGUCAUAUUAUUUCUUUCGGCUCUUGGAGACAAUGUUUUAAAGCAAACGCUGGCGUGCGCUCUUCGAUUUAAAUGAGCUCAGGUUGGAGAGCCACUGGGAACCCAAGCGAGGAACUAACUUGAACUACGAAAUUGGAGAGCUCCAGCUACUGCGUUGGAUCGGAGACGACGUCUCCGGCUUCCGGGCCAUGAGUAGUUUUAAGGGCCAGGAUGUGGAAAAACAAGGCAUCAGGCUGCCAAAAAAAUGGAUUGAUUCCAAUGAUAAAAUCCCCACAGACCGUACGAUGGUUGUCGGCAGAGUUGUGGGAAGAGGAGAUGCUUUCGAUCCUCCAGGAGUUCCGUUGAGAAAACGGCGUCAGCGCUACGUGGAAAAGGACGGCAAGUGCAACGUCCACCACGGAAACGUCCGCGAAACCUACCGUUACCUGACGGACAUCUUCACCACGCUCGUGGACUUAAAGUGGCGAUUCAAUCUGCUGGUCUUCACGCUGGUCUACACCACCACCUGGGUGUUUUUUGGCUUCAUUUGGUGGCUCAUCGCCUACACCCGUGGAGACCUGGACCACGCCGAUGACAACGAGUGGACACCGUGUGUCAAUAACCUCAAUGGCUUCGUCUCGGCCUUCCUUUUUUCCAUCGAGACCGAGACCACCAUCGGUUAUGGGUACCGUGUCAUAACAGACAAAUGCCCCGAGGGCAUCAUCUUGCUUUUGGUGCAGGCCAUCCUGGGCUCCAUCGUCAAUGCUUUUAUGGUGGGCUGCAUGUUUGUGAAAAUCUCGCAACCAAAGAAACGCGCCGAAACGCUCAUGUUUUCUAACACAGCUGUGAUAUCCGUGCGGGACAGCAAGUUGUGUUUGAUGUUUCGCGUUGGAGACUUGCGUAACUCGCACAUAGUGGAGGCCUCGAUCAGGGCAAAGCUCAUUCGCUCUAAGCAGACCAAGGAAGGAGAGUUCAUCCCUCUAAACCAGACGGACAUUAACGUUGGCUUCGACACGGGGGACGAUCGGCUCUUCCUGGUGUCGCCACUGAUCAUUUGUCAUGAGAUCAACAAGAACAGCCCCUUUUGGGACAUCUCUCAGGAGCAACUGGUGCGAGAAGAGUUUGAAAUAGUGGUCAUUCUGGAAGGAAUGGUGGAGGCUACAGGAAUGACAUGUCAAGCCCGCAGCUCAUACCUGAACUCUGAGGUGCUUUGGGGAGAACGUUUCACCCCUGUGCUCUCGCUGGAGGAGGGAUUUUACGAGGUGGAUUAUGACACGUUCCACCACACCUACCCCGCACCGACCCCUUCCUGCUCCGCCCGGGAGCUUGCAGAACUGGCAAAGAAAGGGGAAGGCAUCCCUUUGCCUGCUAUUUCUCCUCCAGCAACUAUUGGAGAGCCCCCAAGCCCAGAGGAGAUGCCUGAGGAGGAGACCAAGGCAGAUGAAGAAAAAAAGAAGAAGAAGAAGAGACUGUUAGCAAUGGUGAUGUGAACAGAAUGGAGUCUGUGCAAGAAUGAAUUCAUGCAUUGCGAUCUUCAGUCUUUUGCUGCCUCUGUGUGGCAGAUGGACAUAUAUACGGAGAUACAAAAACCCACUUCAACCGCAUAAACGCCACACGAACUGAGAAAUAGUUACAAAUCCACUGGUACUGUUAUUAACCGUUUUCAAAAAUAGAGCAAAGUACAUACGGUAAAGUUUUUAAACUGUAGAUGCAAAAAUGUUUAAAAAACCUCUCUCUGCUUGAAUUGAUUUAAAUGAGAUGUAUAUAUUUGUAGCUUUGUACUGUGAUUGCUUAACCCGCUACUGAGCUUGCGUUAUUGCUUUUGAGGUUUAUAAGGAUUUCUGAAUCCAGUUUAUAAAGAUUAAGAUUCGUUUCAGAUGGUGCUUGUAAGCUACAUUACAGCGUUUUACGAAAGCUUGUUUCUGCCACAGGAUAACAAAAUACUGUGACUUUAUCUCACAAUUCUUGCCAUUCUGGGAAAAACGUCUGAAUUGUGAGAUUCUGAGGGGAAAAACAUUUGCAACAUAAAUUUCGUGAA